AAACAACUUUUCCUGAGGAACUCCAGAGUACAAAGUAGCGUCCAAAACAGCAGCCGAAGACGUGUUGAGGAGUUAGAGGAACUACUUUAUUUUGCCUUUGAGUAUAUAUAUAUUUUUUUUCUCACUUUAUAUUUAAUAAUUACAUCUGUUGGGAGUUAAGAUGAGGAAUCUGCGGUUGUUGUUCCUCGUCGGACUGGCGACUGGUUUCAUCAGUGGAAAUCUCUUUGUCUCCUCGCAGGCAACCUUCUCCACGACAGAUGACAUGUACCUGGAGGGCCGAACGUCAGGUGACCUCCCUAUAGAUGAUGAAGAUGGUGGUGAUGAUGGCUCAGGCUCUGGAUCUGGAGACUACGAUUUCACCCACAUCACAUAUCAAGAGGAGAUGCUCUGGAAGUUCCUCAACUCCUCUCAAACCACAGUCUCCAAAGAAAUGGUUCCAACUCAACCACAGCCAUCAGCAGCCUUUCCUCUCAACCCAACAACCACAGCAGCAGAGAGCCAGAACCCAUCAACCAAAGAGAAGGACACAGAGACGACACCAUUCAUAUUACCGAACGGGGACACCGAGGAGGAGGAGGUGGCAGGUCCAACAGUUGAUUGGUUCAGAGAGAGUACCAGUCCCAGCUCCACCACCAAACCUCCCAGAGAAACUACAGCAAGCAAAUCCACCAUUGACAUCACUGUAAUCAAUCAUACCGACAAGGACAACAGUCUGGAAAGCUGGGAUGUCUCAACGCCCAGAAACCGUGGCGAUGAAGUCAAGAUCCAAGAGAUCGAAAAUGAUCUUCUGGCCGAAAAUGGCCGAGGCAGCAAAAUCACCUCUGAGAACAUGUGGGAGAAGACGGAAGUGCUGGCAGUGAUAUCAUGCGGAGUGAUUGGAUUGCUCUUUGCUGUUUUCCUCCUCCUCCUCCUCGCCUACCGUAUGAAGAAGAAGGACGAAGGUAGUUACAACCUGGGAGACACCAAAGUUUCCACAACAGCCUAUCAGAAAGCACCCACCAAAGAGUUCUACGCCUGAACUGACCAAUUGGGACAUUGAAUCGAGUCUUUCUCCUCCCAAUCAUGACUAAGAGUGGAUUUAUAAAGAACUGAAGAUUAUUCCUCUGGAUGAAGUUUAAAGUCAAGCACCUCUAUUCUUGUUCAGUGCUUCCACCAUUUAAAAAAUCUUUCCUACCUUCCUCCUCUGCUGCAGUUUCACGUCUUGCUUUAUGAUGUCCAGUGAAUGGAAGAACAGGUCAUACGGGAACAAAUAAGACUAUUUAAAAACAUUCCUAUCAUUCCAUUCUGGGGAAGUUUGACAUUAAAUACGCAACCCUAAUUUCAAGAAAGGAAUCUUUUUUUAAAGUAUCAAGAUGGAUCACAACUGUUCUAGUCUAGGAGAUUAAUCAACUUCAAGUAUUGAAAACACAGUGCCUUUCGUUCCACAUUACUUCUCUAAGCUGAACCACACUUGGCGGGACUUGGUCUGUCCAAGCUCAGCUUUACAACAUUGCUGAAGUUCAAGGGAAUUUUGAAUAGCCUUAACACAUUUUGAAUAAAAAUGUAAACUCUUAUAUUUGAGGUCAAAUUUACUCAGUUUGUUACCAAAUUUUUCUUGUUACAUUUCAUUUUCUGUACGCUUUCUUUGCUGAAUUGAAGAUUUUUGUUGUUAUAAGGAAUUAAUGUUUUUUCAUAUGCUGUCCAGUAUUGGUAUGAGAGAUCUUUGUUACUUUGUAGGUACAUAUUUGUUAUGUUUUCACACAGAUAUUUGACAUUUAUAGAGCUGACCAAAUAUAAAUGUGCUUUAAUUGUUUUCGGAAAGUAAUUUUUAUUAUCUUUUCGGUUUGUUUUUUGAUGUUAAGAGAUUUUUUUACUUGUAUUCAUACAGGUGAUAGGACUGUUUUAUUUGAUGACUGAAUGCCGCAAGCAUGUGGAGCAGGAUUGCUAAGGUAGCACCAAGAUUUAUGACUAUAAUUCAGAAACCAUAGAAGUGACCAACGUUUUGUGAAGUGGCCAAAGCACAUUCCUUUCUGACUGUCGACUGUAUACAGCUACAAUAGCAAGCUUGAACUCAAAGGGACAGUGACAAUGUAAAUGACAGGAAUAUCCCAAAUCAGUCAUUUAUGCACAACUUACAAAUAGUUUUUAAUUAGUUAUAAUGUAACCAUGUCGGAUUUUAAACACGUUUUUAAAUUCCUAAUUUUCACCACACCAAAACAACAAAAGAAGCGUGAGACCUUCCAGAGACGUUUAGAGCUUCAUACAGGAGGCAGUUAACAGACCACAUGGUCAUAUUCCCUUUUGCGCAUAAUUCUUACUUGUAUACAGCCUGUUAAAUUUAUGAGAUAGUAAAUAAAUUAGGUAAUUGUCCGAUUUAUAGUCUGUGAUGAAUUUCAACACCGGCUAUCUACUGCUUAUUAAGUGUCAAAGAUUACUUUUCACAUCAGCCUCUUAUUGAAAUGGGAGAACAAUUGUCUUGAAGCAGUGCUAUCUGUGGCCUUACAAUCUCUGUGAAAAGGUCAAAUAAAUUUAUUUUAAACCAACUUUGGUUAUGAAAAUGACUGGGAUCUGUGGUUGAUACAUACAGGGAGGUGGGGCUACUGGGACAUUUGUUAGGCACUUGAAUUCUCCGUGCUUUACAAAACACUGUAUAUUAAUUUACAGUUGCUUUGACCUUUGAGCUGUACAGAACCUCAGCUGGAAUAUUUCUGUUCUAGUUUGGUUCUAGAAAAACUCUUCAUUUGUUGUCCAUAUCAAAAGAAAUUUCAGAUAAAUUUCUAACAUAAACUUUACUCAUAGCAGUUAAGGACAACGGGUUAGCACUUGCAGUACACACAAAAACCUCUCUCUUCCAAGAUCUCUGUAAAUGUAUACAGUAUGUUGAUACUAUAGUGUAUAUGUAUUAAUUUAUACUUGCUUAGACUAUAAUCCAGGUUCAAAUGUGAGUGACAAAUUGGGAUUGUACAGCAUUUACACAUGAUUGAAGCCUCUUGGUGCCUACUGCUCUGUUUUUGUUUUUUUAAUAUUUAUGUUUUAAAUGUAUUUGACGAGCCUUGCAUCAUAUCAUCUUCAAUUUCAAUAUCAGUGUUCUGGCUUUUUUAAAAGGUUUUUUUUUCAUAUAAAUGCAUUUAAUAAAUGAUUAAAGAAUAAUAAAUUCUUUGUAAAUA